GUCUUCGCUUUUGGUAAGCCUACGGAAGACGAGUGUCAUUAAUCUGAUUUUUAUCUGGGGGGAUAUUCCUUAUUUAAGUUCUGCAGGAGCGAACGGUUGAGUCACUUUUGGCUUUUGGUCCUCUCGGAUUCGGACAAACUCAAUUUGGUAACGAUCUUCAAGUCUCCCACGAUGACCAAAGUUAUGUUCUGCUUCUUUGUCGCAUUCUACUUCAUCAACAUUGCAUUUGGUGUUGAAAGAAUAUGCCGACUUCAAGAACCUUGUCCUGUACACUACAAGACACUUGGAUGCUACAAGGAUAGCGUUGGAGACAGGGUUCUACCCAACUACAUCUACAAUGAGCGUGACCCUAGCCGCAAAGACAACUAUGGUGGCAGRUCCAUUGAGUGGUACAACUGGGAGAAAUAUUUGGCAGGGUUUUCUUGUCGAUGUGCACAAAAAGCAAGACAACUGGGAUAUGAUUUGUUUGGCAUACAGUUUUAUGGUGAAUGCUGGGCGGGCAAGAAGGGAGUUCAUAACUACAAACGUCUCGGCAACGGUAAUCCCAAGUGUGUUGGUGAUGGAUAUAAGCCAUGUGGUUCUACUGCUCGAUACUGUUCUGGAGAACACGAGUAUAACUUUGUCUACGAAAUAGUCGAGUCUAAGUGUAAUGUCGAGUUUGUCAAGGAAGGAUGCUUCGCAGAUAAUCAUAACGACAACGCCAGACCCCUCGCAAACUACUUGUUGAAUGAUCGUGACCCCACGAAUCCUAGUUACAGUGGAAGAACUAUUGAUUGGCGCAACUGGGAUGUGUACCUUCCUGAACUAGCCUGUCGAUGUGCAAAUGCCGCCAAGAAUAACGGUUCCACCUACUUUGGACUUCAGUUUUAUGGAGAGUGUUGGUCCCACCCACAAGGGAGUGAAACGUAUGGUCAAGAUGGACAUAAGGACAACUGUGUAAAUGAAUGCUUCCAAGACUGCAAACAGCACCCGUACUGUACUGGUGUCCAGUUCUCAAACUACGUCUACAGGCUCAAGGGAGCAUGUGACGUCAACAUCCAACCAAUCGGAUGUUACAAAGAAAACGCCGUAAAUCGCGUGCUGAAGGAAGAGUUAGUCAAUGCCAAGUUCCCACCGAGCCCAAAGUUCUACGGCGAAAUGGCAGACACUCAAAACUGGAGUAACUUUUUCCCUGAGUUUCUUUGCAAGUGUGCUCGUGAGGCCAAAAUUAAGGGUCACCAGUAUUUUGGUGUUUCAGACUUCGGACUAUGUUACAGCGACAAUGUGUCAGAUAAUUAUGCUCAGUUGGGCGAAUCUACUAACUGCUUCGAGGGGAAAUCGAGUCAAGCUUGUGGUGCUGGGUCUGUCGCGUGUGCUGGGGCUGACACUCAGUCUAACUACGUCUACAAGAUCAACUUGUCAAAUUUAAAGAAACGCUCGUUCGUUCCUGCGAGAGAUCCUGAAAGACUCGAUGGCCUCAACUUUUAGAUGCCCAACGUUCCUUGGACAUGCACUUGGCUGGCUUUAACACAGUAUUCUGGUUGUUGCUUUCUUUAUCAAAAAUAACACCAAUAACCUAAUAGAUAUUAAUAAAUAUCUUCCCAUCUGAUAAAUUAUUUUUAUUAUUUUCACGUGUUACGUUUUUAAUGUAGUUAGACCACAGGAAGCCCAACCAGGAUCAUGUUGGCCGUUAGUGUCAUGGGAUAUAACAAGAUCCGAAAUGCAUAAACUAAACAUUAAAAAGAUUGAAAUGCUAGAAAUGUAGCUCAAUUGAAUUAAAUUGUGAAACUUAAACUUCUGAUAUAAAUCCAAGGGAUUAAAAUAAAUGAUUAAAAAGCAUGUAUAACUGAA